AUGGAAAGAGCAGUGAAACGCAAAAGAGUUUUCAGGGACCGGACUAACCCACUGGAGGUUUAUAAUGAUGAUGAAAUAAUUUCUCGGUUUAGAUUGACUAGAGAAGCCAUCCUUAGGCUGACGGAUGAAUUGGGAGAAGUGCUAGGGCCUACAACAGAAAGAAGCCACAGCAUUCCAGCUCUGCUGCAGGUUUGCACCGCAUUAAGAUUUUAUGCCACAGGCAGCUUUUUAAAUACUGUUGGAGACACAGUGGGCCUUAGUAAAGCCUCUGUCUCCCAGGUGGCGUACAGAGCGUCAGGGGCACUCUCAGAAAGGCUUCCCCAAUUCCCUACCGAACCCGCUGAGUUAUCCCGUCUCAAAAGAGGUUUUUACAACAUCUCAAGGUUCCCCAACGUUGUGGGAGCCAUCGAUGGGACACAUGUGAAAGUACAGGCACCAUCUGAAAAUGAACAUUUGUUCAUUAACAGAAAAGGCUACCACAGUCUCAACAUUCAGGCUCUGUGUGACCACAAUUUAAAGUUUUUAAAUUGUGUGGCCCACUGGCCAGGAUCGGUUCAUGACUCGAGGAUCCUCCAAAAUUCUCAACUGUGCGAGGCAUUUGAGGAGGGCAUCAUUGAUGGCAUCUUGUUGGGCGAUUCUGGGUACCCUCUGAAGCCAUGGCUCCUGACUCCCUUCUUGAACCCCACCACCCCUGCACAGAGGAAAUACAAUGCAGCACACUGCUCAACAAGAAACACAAUUGAGAGGGCCUUUGGAGUCCUGAAACGGAGGUUCCACUGUCUGCAUGGAGAGCUGAGGAUGAUCCCUGACAGAGUGUGCAACAUUGUGUGUGCAACUGUUGUUCUGCACAACAUGGCAAGGGACCUUCAGCUACCUGACCCAGAAGAAGAGGAGGGAGUUGUCCAUCAUAAUGUAGAAGACAGAGAGGAUGAAGAGGACCAGCAAGGAGCUGGUCGAUUUAUCUUCAACUGCAUACCAGGGGAGGGUGAGGACAUGGAGUCCGAGUGGACCAUGUUCCUCACCUCCAUUGCUGAGGCGGCCGUGCAGAGCUGCAACUGCAAAGUUGUUGGUGCCCGUCGUCCCUGA